UCGGGUCACAUUUCAGUGAAGCCACAUUUUAGCAUCCAUCUCUUGCAGUUAGGAGAAACAGAUCCUCUGACUCGGUGUUCUCUUUCUGAACCCUGGUUCAGGGAAAUCAUGGUGCUCUUGUGUCUUCUCUCUUUUCUCCUCCCGAUGCUGAUGCUCUCGGGGUCUCCGGUUCAGGCGGACGGAAAGCGAGGUGGCAAAGAUGCGGUUGAGAAAAGCAGCAAUUUCAUGGAGGACGAGCAGUGGCUGGCCACCAUUUCUCAGUACAGUCGCAAGAUCAAACACUGGAACCGAUUCCGAGAUGAUGAUUACAUCAGAUCAUGGGAUGAAAAUCAAGCAUCAAAUGAAAAUGUAGAUACAACUAAAGACCCCUGCCAGAAGGUGAAGUGUAGCCCACACAAAGUGUGUGUUGCCCAGGGCUAUCAGCGUGCUGUGUGUGUCAACCGCAAGAAGCUGGAGUACAGGAUGAAGCAUCCAGUGGUGGGUCAGCAGGAGAACAACUGCAAACCAUGCGCUGUGUCUUCCUCUGGGCCCGUGUGUGGUUCUGACGGACAUAAUUAUGCUUCUCAGUGCAAGCUGCAGCAUCAGGCCUGUCUCACAGGAAAAGAGCUGAGUGUGAAGUGUGCUGGUCCCUGUCCAUGUUCCACUACAGCUGUGCCGAGUACAGUGACAGACAGUAAACACGACAGUUGUACAGGUCAGGACCUAGCUGAUUUGGGUGAUCGUCUGCGGGACUGGUUCCAGCUGCUUCAGGGCAACGCUAAGCAGAACAACACACGCAAGCCUACUGCAGCCACAUCAGCAUCAAUUUUGGACCGCACUCUAGUGGCAACUUGUAAGGACUCCAUUGGAUGGAUGUUUUCGAAGCUGGACACUAACAGUGACCUGUAUCUGGACCAGGCUGAGCUGGCUGCUAUUAAUCUGGACAAGUAUGAAGUGUGUAUCCGACCCUUCUUCAAUUCAUGCGACUCCUACCGUGAUGGCAAAGUCUCCACAGCUGAGUGGUGCCUCUGCUUCUGGAGAGAGAAGCCUCCCUGCCUGGCUGAGCUAGAGAGGAUCCAAAUGCAAGAAGGAGCCAAAAAGAAGCCAGGAACAUAUAUCCCCAGCUGUGACGAGGAUGGUUAUUAUAGGAAGUUGCAAUGUGACCAAAGCAAGGGGGAGUGCUGGUGUGUGGACCAGCAUGGAGAAGAGUUAAUGGGCUCCAGAAUCCAUGGCAACACUGACUGUGAUGAAGUGGCCAGCUAUUCAGGGGAUUUUGGCAGUGGAGUGGGAUGGGAGGACGAGGAAGAGAAAGAAGCAGAGGACACUGGAGAAGAGGCUGAAGAAGAGGAGGAGGAGAUCGGAGAAAUGGAUGAUGGUGGUUAUAUCUGGUAGACCAAAACGAAAUGGUUGCCUGGUCAAGAUAGCUUUACUUUGACCACUGAUUCAGAGGCAGCUCCAUCUCUUGCUGACACAAAACAGUGGAAAAUGGAGGGUUGGACAUCUUGAUUACUGCACUCCACUCAGCAUAGGCCAGGGAGGGGGAAAGGGAUCGAGUUGUGAUAAGUGUAGUGAAAUUAUGGGUAUGGGAAAGAGUUUAAAAAAAAAAAAGAUCUUAUAUAUACUUGUGAACCAUUUUUUUGUUGUAUGUUUUUUUUGUUCUAAGAUUGUGAUCUUCUUAUAAAGUCAAUAACAUCAGCGGUCUUAAGCUGGAAUCUAGGUAACUGGACAUUUCUAUCUUUAGAUGAACUGGAGCUUUGCAAAUGCUAUAUACAGCGUGCUUUUCAUCAUAUCACGUCACACAUUAUUCUUAUGCAAGAAGCAUAAACUAAAUGCACAUACAUAGAUUUGGAAAUGGUACCUUUUAGUCUCAGAAUUUUAUGGUAGCAUUUCAAUUUGAACAAAUACAGGCAGACCUCAAGUGAAAAUGUACAAAUGAGUGAAUUUCUUGACUUUUGGUGGGAACACCAUUAAGAAAUUUAAUUCUAUUUACAUAUAAAGUAGUUUUACUGGUUAGAACACAGCAAGAAUACAUUUAAAAGCCAAAUCUGCUCUGAUAACUAGUCACAACCCGGUUACAUCAUUACCAGCAUGUCCUGUCUUUGUCUAUAAAUUUGUGCAACAUCAUCAUGCAUUUCUUGUUGGUCAGAGUAUCAAAUGUAAGGCGAUGCUUUGCAUAUAACUUGACAUAUUCUACAUAUGGCUCCUUUUACACAGUUAUUGAAAAAAACGCACUUUGUGGUAUUUAUCCCGAAUCUACAAUGUCUUGACCCUCAACAUCAUGUGAGACUCAGCACCUCUUUGUAAAAACAUGGUCUCCACUUUCAGAUUUUUAUCACAGAAUCUUCUCAAAAAGUAGGCUAGGGAAAAUGCUUUAUCUCUGAGAUAACAGUAUGUCACCGUAAAUAUAUAUGUAUGAAUAGGAGUAUGGCGAAUAAGAUACGCAACCUGAUGACAGCCAGGGGGACCUGUCUGUCUUUCUAUUUGUCUGUCUACUAAUCAGAUCCUCUCAUCAGCUAUGGUGAAAUAGGACUCUAUUGUAAUGUUACUAGGUGUACAUAUUUUUGCUGCAAGGGUUUAUAGUUUUGAUUUGCAUUGAGGAAAACUUCAUUCAUGCACCAUUAAGACAUUCUUGGUAUAAAUGUAAGACUACAGGGUUUCAGGUUGUCUACGGUAUCAGGUCAUGUAACAGCGAGACAUCAGGCCCCAGUCAUAUCAUACACAUAAAAACAGGUCUUUUGGUGUAAACACUGUGCAAUUGGUAUUAUUACUGAAACAUUCAUACUGUACUCACUCCCUCUUGAGAGCACAACACUGUUUGAAAAUGCUUUUCUAUGCUCAGCACAAGACGCACGGGCAUUGUGAAUAAUCCAUGCAGAUUUUAAGCAUGUGUGAAUCACAGAUAUUAUCUGGUAUGGUAAUACAUUUAGACAGAUCCAGGCUGUGAGCUCUAAGCAGGAUUGGGAGUGUGAUGUAAUAGAAUGUAAUAUGCUUGUCUUCUAUUUAAAUCAACAACAGAUAACAAGUAGUUCUUUGUAAGAAUGAAUAACAAGAUUUUUUUUCAGUUGGAUUAAAGUUUAAUCCGUUUCAUUAGAGUGCCCAUCACUCUAGUCUGACUAUGAGGAGAUACACUUCUGAAUAUGGAUUAUCUUGCGUAUGAUUGUAUCGUCACAGAAACUGAUCAUUGUAAAUAGUUGGAGUAUACAGACACAAUGUAUUUUCCCUGGCAAUUGCAUUAUAUUUGCAUUCAGUUGCAUGUUUCUUUGUCCCAAUAUGUCAUCUUUUUGGCUCAGUACAAUUAUGAUUAAAGGCAUUGGGCCCAAAGAUUGUUCUCUUUUGUUCUAGC